AUGGGGCUCAUGACCAAGCUCAAGACGCAGAUUGACCUGUGGAAAUUAGAAAAGUAUACCAAGCGUCGUCAUGUCGCCACUCCCGACUUUGAACAGAAAGACCGAGACUUUUACAGGCAUUAUUACCAAGAUGGGGUGUACCUGCAUCAGCAUCAACGAUCAGCAGGUGGUGGUGAAGUGCGCUCACCCCCAUCAUCACCCACCAGCAAUACCAAGGGUCUUCAUCGGAAAUCUACUAUGCUUGGUCGCAAGAGUGAACACAUUGUUCGAUGUUCAGAGACGUACAACUACUCCUAA